AUGUCGGUGUUUUUCGCGCAUGUUCGGCCCCGCCUCUAUGAUGAUUGGCCCCCUCAACCCACUAAACAAGAGUGGGAGAGGAGUUUGAAACCCGCGAUCCGCGGCUCUCGUUGUGCUGGCGCUAGUUGUGUCAAGCUAGGCGAUCGAGGAAAAGUUGUCGAGGACGUGAUCAAAGAGAAAAAAAGGAGAGAAGAGGGAAAAGGUGAAAGUGUCAAGUAUAAUUUUUCACCGACAAGCUGUGGUGGUUUGGCGAGCAAUUUUCAAAUUUCGGCGGUCUGCAAAUCUAUUGGUCGCAAGGAGUUGCUGGAAAUUUCACUCAAGGGAACUAUAACGAUAGUAAUAUCAUUACCAACAAUAGUAGCAAUUGUUGUGUCAAUAGUAACUGUACUAACAACUGUUGUAUCAAUAGUAACUCUACUAACAACUGUUGUGUCAAAAGCAACUGUACUAACAACUGUUGUAUCAAUAGUAACCGUAAUAAAAACUGUUGUAUCAAUAGCAACUGUACUAACAAUUGCGGUGUUAAUAGCAGCUGGACUAGCAACGAUUAUAUCAAUAGGGACAGUAACUCCAAAUGCAUCAUCAAUAGCAGCAAAUGGUGUAUCAGUAGUGGCAGUAACUGUUGUCGAGUACAAUAUUGUCAACUACAAUAGCAGCGUUUGCAACAGUAGCAACUACAGCAGCAUCAACUAUAGUAGCAGCAAUUACAACAGCUACAACAGCUACAACAGUUACAACAGCAGCAGUAGCAGCUACAACAGCAGUAACUACAGCAGCAGUAACUAUAGCAGCAGCUACAACAGCAGCUACAACAGCAGCAAUUACAAUAGCAACAGCAGUUACACUAAUAGCAGCAGCUGCAACAACAGCAGCAACAUCAGUGAAAGCAACAACAGAAGUAGUAAUAGCGACAACAGAAGUAAUAGCGACAACAGAAGCAAUAGCGACAGUAGCAGCAGCAGCAACAAGAGUAACAGUAGCAAGAGCGACAACAGUAAAGACAAGAGGAGUUGCUGCGAGGCCAAGGGAUACAACAAGUUUGUUGAGGAAAAGGGAAAGGAUUGUUUGCGUGCAAUCGACUCACGAGCCGAGGACAAUAGAUUGACCUCAUCAGGCGCCACGACGUAUUUUCACUCGUACUCCUUCGUGCCGGGAGGUGCGGUGCCCCUGCCACCACCUCUACAUCAUUCAGCGGCCGCUGCUGCAGCCGCCGCCGCUGCCGCUGCUGCAUCGGGCAAUACUGCGCCGGGUUUUGUCAGUCAAUUACAACAGCAGGCCUGUAAUUUGGCUUGCACUUGCACUUGCACUUGCACGGCAACAGCAUUUACAACAUCAUCGACCUCUCGGCACUGCCACGGUUCUUCUUCAACCAGUUGA